AUGUCAGUCUUCAGGGCACAUCUAACCAAAGAAGUGCCAGUCCAAUCAGUCAGUCUGAUUCCGCGGGAGAUACAGACGAUGAUGGUGGAAGACCGGCUGAUGAGCUCUCUGAUCCAGAUGACACCAACUGGACGUGUAAAGAUCCGCUUGCUGUUGACACUUCUGGUGCUGCUGGGCCUGGGGAUACUGAUGCUAGUGGGCAUAUCGAAGACCAAACGAGCCCAGGGGAAAGUCCAUCUGACCUCCUUCCCACAAUUGAAUAUUCAGAUAUUGCCUGGACCCCACAAUGACACUGAUUUUUAUGUGGAAAAAGGGACACAGGUAUUUGGGACAGGUGAUGAUUAUCCACUAAGGGCUAGAAGAAGUAUUGAGAUUGAAUGGAACAAUAAAAAUGACAGUGAGAAGUCAAAGUUAUGGGAGGAAACCCAGAACAAUGACUGGCAGGCCAUGAAGAUCAAGAAGAUGAACAAUUCCAAAGCUGCAUCUUUCACAGAGUUCGAAAUUGUUGGAUUUCCGGGUCUUCAGGAGUACAAGACACUUCUUUUCUUUGGAUUCCUCAUUUUGUUUUUAAUAACACUUACUGCAAAUCUGCUGAUUCUGUUUUUCGUUGCGGUAGACCACAGGCUCCACACACCCAUGUAUUUUUUUCUUUGGAAUUUAUCCCUGUUAGAUUUACUGAUGACAAUAGCAAUUAUACCAAAACUGUUAGAAGUUCUUUUAGAAAUGAAUAAAACAAUUUCUUUUGCUGGAUGUUUUUUUCAAAUGUACUUUAUAGUUGCAGUUGGGGGAUCAGAACUGUUUUUGGUAGCUGCAAUGGCUUAUGACCGGUAUGUUGCUAUUGUGAAGCCUCUCCAGUACAACGUGAUUAUAGACAUUAAAGCAUGUAUCGCAAUAGCAGCCAUAGUGUGGUUACUGGGAUUUCUCCUUCCAAUAGUCUCAAUAGCCUUGGCAUCCUAUCUUCCAUUUUGUGCAUCCAAUAAAAUCUUGUACUGUUUUUGUGAUUAUCUAGUUGUAAUUGCCCUUUCAUGUACUGAUGUUACUCUUCACACCGAUUUGGCACUAGGACUUGCUAUGGUUGUUGUCUUCAUCCCAUUUCUUUUUGUGCUUUGGUCUUACUACAGGAUUGUAAUUUCAGUUGUCAGACUUAAGACAACCGCUAGUCGAAGAAAGGCCUUCUCGAUGUGUUCCUCACAUUUGCUUGUGGUGCUAUUUUAUUAUCUUUCUACUGCAGUUCUUUAUAUUGGUUUGCGAAUUGAAAGCAUUUCAUAUGAUGAAAGAAUUUUUAUUGGGGGUUUGAACUGUUUUCUCACUCCCUUAGUAAAUCCUUUAAUUUACACUUUAAGAAAUGAAAAGAUGAAGGAAGCAGCAAAAAAAUACCUUGAUGUGUACACCCUGUUUCGGCAGGGAUUACACUGA